AUGUCCGCCAAACGCACGGACCAUCCGCCCAAGCGGGUAUCGUUUUCGCUGCCGGGCCAGAGCCCAUGGGCAAUUGCGCUACCUUCCACACCAACUCCACAACGUGUCUUGCCAGAUUCAUACACUGGAUUGCAUACACCAAACACAUCAACUCCAACCCUAAACGCUCGCUUUCAGACUCCAACCACCGUCUCAUCAACUCGAAACAGUCACCUACAAACUCCGAACACAUCCUCUCCGACUCGAAACGCUCGUCUCCAGACUCCACACACAUCAACUCCAACUUCAAACACUGCCUCACCAACUGCAAAACGUUACUUGCAAUCCCCGAAGAGCUCCUCAUCGACUCCAAAGACUGACCUGCCUAAUUCGACUCGCAAUCCGACGCGCCAGCCUACCUCCAAAAAUCUCGUUUCCAAGCUUUCGCCAAAUUGGUAUUUCAACGAGCAAGACACAGCGCUAAUCCGUGCCGGAUACGAACCUCAGUGGACUCCCAAUCCACCUGAUACGACACCCAUUCCCACUGGAAAGGGCAGGAAAGAGCCCGCAACCAAGCCCUCCAUGGCUGAACCACGUGCACGUAUGGCCCGACACAAGGGCCAAAUGAAUUUCCAGAAUGAGCUCCGUCUACUCCUUCUCGCCUACGGCGAUCCCAGCCCGCACCCAAGUUUCCCAAACGAACCACUUCCCGAGACAGUACGUGUAUUAGAUGAAAUUGUCACCGACUUUGUGCUUGAACUCAGCCACGGUGCCGCGCAAGUCGCACACCAUGCCCGCCGCCAGAAGAUCAAAGUCGAGGACUUCCGCUUCGCAUUGCGUCGUGACCCGAACAAGCUCGGCCGUGUCCAGGAGCUGCUGCGCAUGGAACGUGAAUUGAAAGAAGCCCGUAAGGCAUUUGACCAGAAUGAUGAUCAGGUUGCUAAGGAAGCUGGAAAGAAAGGUGCUGCCGCUGCGGCGGCGGCUGCUGGUGAGGAUCCUGUGGCAGCUGAAGCUGCUGCUGCUACUGUUACCAAGAAGAACAAAGGCAAGGGGAAGAGAGGUGCUACGACCCGUCGUGGAUCUGAUGCUACUGAGGAGUCGGUUUCGAAGAAGCGCAAGACGAUCGGCUGA